GUCCUUUCAUCGUCCAAUCAGAGGCGACCAAAGCACAACGGCUCCAUGUUGGUUCAGCCUCUUGUCUCUCCUUCACCUGCCUCCUCUCUCCUCUCUUCUGUUGUUCGUCUGCGCACUUUGUCCGGGACCAACAGGCUUGAACUGAGCUCUGUUCAGUGGGGAACGAACACUUGAUGGAUGUAGCCGCCACUCUCACCGACAAAUGUGUGAACCGCGGAAUCGGCGAAAUGUGGUACGCCGGUUGAGCAAGGAAUAACCGGGGUCCUUUAACGCCGCACCGUCAGCUUGACAAAAACAGAGCGACAUGCUGAACGGGGAGGACUAUUCGUAUUGGACAGGAAGUAACAAUGAUGUUCACAGUGACCGAGUUUGCGUCCUUGAAUGACGUCCAUCCAACGUACCGCAUCUUGAAGCCAUGGUGGGAUGUCUUCAUGGACUAUUUGAGCUUGGUCAUGCUCAUGUUGGCCCUAUUCGCCAUGACCAUGCAGAUCACCAAGGACCAGCUAGCGUGCCUUCCUUUCAUGGACGAAACGCAGGAGGACUCUCGAAAUGACUCCGACCCCGCACAGAAUGCUCAGCAAGUAGCUACUGCGAUAAACAUCAAGAGUGCCGUGCAGAACUUUCAGCCCGAGUAUGAAGAUACCGAUAAGAGAGAAGAGAAUUGUCGUGAUCGGCCUCAAGCACCGGGAAUCAAGACCAAUUUGGACUUUCAGCAGUACGUGUUCAUCAACCAAAUGUGUUAUCACCUGGUGUUGCCCUGGUAUUCCAAAUUCUUCCCUUAUCUCAUCCUGAUUAACACCAUCAUCCUGAUGGUCAGCAGCAACUUCUGGUUCAAAUUUCCCAAGACGAGCUCAAAAAUAGAACACUUUGUCUCCAUUCUGUGUCGCUGUUUCGAGUCUCCGUGGACCACCAAGGCCGUGUCGGAAACAGCCUGCGAAGAGUCGGAGAAGAACAAGCAGAGGUUGAGCGGCACCUCUUUCGCGCAUCACACCGCGUCUUUAGAGGGCAACGAGGAAGGCUCCGGUUCCAUGACCACCUCCCCCGCGCUGGAAGGCGUGGUGUCGGCAGAUAACCCCAUCGCCGAAGCCCCGACGGCCACCAUGCCCAUCUUGGAUAAAAAGGACGGGGAGCAGGCCAAAGCCCUGUUUGAGAAAGUGCGCAAGUUCCGAGCUCACGUGGAGGACAACGAUUUCAUCUACAGGUUCUACGCGGCUCAGACCAUCUUCAAAACGGCCACCUUCAUUUCAAUGCUGUCCUACACCUCCAGCUUUUUGGUGAAAAUUCAUUUCGAGCAUAUAUGCGAGACUGACGUCAAAGCGCUGGUGGGCUACGGACGCUUCUAUUGUACGCACAACAUGGCUUUCAUGUUAGAAAAGGUGCUCUUCUGCUACAUAGCGCUGAUGAUCUUGUAUGGGAUGGUGUGUCUCUACUCCCUCUUCUGGGUAUUCCGAGGACCUCUGAAAGAGUAUUCCUUUGAGAAAGUCAGGGAAGAGAGCAGCUUUAGUGACAUUCCAGACGUCAAAAACGACUUUGCUUUCCUCUUACACAUGGUCGACCAGUACGACCAGCUCUACUCCAAACGCUUCGGCGUCUUCCUGUCCGAGGUGAGCGAGAACAAGCUGAGGGAGAUCAGCCUCAAUCACGAGUGGAACUUCAAAAAAGCCCGGAAAUGCGUGACUCGGAACGCGCAAGAUCAGCAAGAGCUGCACCUGAAGAAUCUCUUUGGUCUUCCCAACGUGGUCUUUGACCUCACCGACUUGGAGGUGCUCAAGCUGGAGAAGAUUCCCGAAGUCAGAUUCAUUGCGAACGUGUCCCAGAUGACCAGUCUGAGGGAGCUGCACCUCUACGAGUGUCCCGCCAAAGUGGAGCAGACCGGUUUCGCUUUCCUCCGCGAUCAUCUUCACAGCCUUCACAUCAGUUUCACAGAUGUCGCCGAGAUCCCGACAUGGAUAUUCUUGCUGAGGAAUUUGCGACAGCUCUACAUCGUCGGGAACCUGAGCUCGGAAAACAACAGGAUGUUCGGUUUAGAGUCCAUGCGGGACUUGAGGCAUUUAAAGAUUUUGUACCUGAAGAGCAACCUCCCAAAAUUGCCUACCAACAUCACAGACGUGUCGCAGCACCUGGUGAAAUUGAUGGUGCACAACGACGGCACGCGACUCUUCGGGCUGAAUACUCUGAAAAAAAUGACCAACCUCAUCGACCUGGAGUUGCACAGUUGCGAGCUGGAGAAGAUCCCUCACGCUAUUUUCAGCUUGAUCAACCUGCAGGAGCUCGAUCUGAAGUCCAACAACAUCCGGACCAUCGAGGAGAUUGUCAGCCUGCAGCACCUCAAGAGACUGACGUGUCUCAAAUUGUGGCACAACAAAAUCACGUCAAUCCCCUCCUCCAUCGUCCAGGGCAAGUCGCUGGAGGCUCUCCACCUCUCGCACAAUAAGUUGCAGUCCCUGCCGCCGGCGUUGUUCAAACUACCUAAACUGCAAUCUUUGCAUUUGGCCCACAACUUAAUCCAGGUGCUCCCUCAGGAUGUCGGUCUUCUGCAGGACCUUCUGGACCUGGACAUGACUUCCAACAAGCUGGAGACCUUGCCCAAGAAUUUGUUCAAGUGCACCAAGCUGAGAGUGCUUUGCUUGGGCUACAACGACCUGAGGGAACUGUCAGAGGCUGUUGGAGACCUGGUUCAGCUCAACCAUCUGGAGCUGAAGGGCAACAGUCUGGAAAGGCUCCCCGCGCAGCUCGGAAACUGCCGCCGGCUCCUCAGAAGUGAGUUCCUGGUGGAGGAUCACCUCUACAUGACCCUGCCCGUGGAUGUCAGGGAGAGCAUCGGCCGAGACAGCAACAUCGCCAGUACAAGUGUCUUGUAGCAGCAGGGCUCAAACUUUUUGGGUCCAGACAGGGAGAUUUUUUUUUCCCCCCAAUCAACCCCCAAAAAGUCGGUGUUGUGGCCAAAAUAUUAAAAGUAUUUCUUUGUUACCAUCUUGUAGCAACUCAAAUCUGGAAAAUCGAUUUCCAGUUUUUGUUUGAUUUUUGGCACAAAACAAAUUCAUCCACCCAUUGUGGCAUUAAAUUAUCUUUAAUAAAAAUUUUUUUUUUUUUAAUUACAGUCAUUUUAAAACAGUGUUCGUUCAAUUUUACAGACGCUCGACCAGCUGAAGAUAAUCUUGUGACACAAAUAAUGUAACGGUGUGCCUGAGUGGUGUUCCAAACCUUUUGAUUGUUUGUUUUUAUUCCGCUGAUGAGUGUAGAAAGCACCAAACACCAAGGGCUGGGCAAUGAAUUCAUUAUGACAUUAAUGACGAGUCUCAAUUGCUCAUUGUUAAACUGAAUGAAUUUGCAGCUGUCAUUCUUUUCUUUUUUUUUGCAUCAAGCAUGUCAGACCGGGGUUUUUUAAUUAUUACUUGUAAUGUAGACCUUUGAUAUUUUUGUCUCAGGAACAAAUAGAACCGUGGAUGAAAAUUUAAAUGGGGAGGAAUUUUUGUUUAAUCCAAAUGGCUUUACUUUUUUUCUUCACUUGCGGGCCAAAAGAAAUCACAUUAUCUUCUCCAGUGUUUGUUGUGCUCACUACUUGAAGGAUAUCUUCUGUGAUUCAGGUUAUUAGUAGUGUUUGUUUAGCAAUGUCAUGAAGAACAUAGCAAUUCCAGAAUUGACUAAAUCACUAGAUAUUACCUUUUAAACUACAAUGUUAUAAAUGUAUGCAAUUCACUUGCAUAAAAAAAAUCCAUGAAUGUUCUCAGAUCCUGUUUUCCUUGACGGGCUGGACCUUUUAAAUGUUUUCUCCAUGCCCUAAAAUGUGAACGUGUAUACAUGUUUUACACUUUUGACUAAUUAGCAUAUUGACAACAAAGUUGUCUGCCUUCCCCCCAGUGUAUUUUUGUAUACUUUAGUUUCAUGUAUUCAUAGUUGCUGUAUCACCUCAGUGUCCUAUAUUCACAGUUUUCAUGACUAAAUAAAAAUCACUGAAAAGA